GGGUUCACCCACUGCGGGCCACCUUCCAGUGGGGAAGCAGGCUGCGGAGGCCCCUCGUUGCCAAGAGCAGACCAGCUGCCCAGGAAAGUUCUGCUCUGGGUCACACCCACCUCUGGGUAGCUGCCAAUCUUCCUGCCAGAAACCACAGGCCAGGCCGAGGCUGCCCGGAGUCAGAUCAGCGACAGGGUGUUUGGCGGAUGCUUCCGGUGCCCACAGUCCCUGGGGUGGGGCAGGGGUCCAGCUAGCCAGGGCCGCAGCAGCUCUGGUAGCAGUGAGGGCUGAAGCUCUCUAGGGCUGGGAGGAGCGAGAGAGGGCCCUGCCAGCCUGCCGCAGGCUCUUGGUGCUGGCGUUGGCUCUGGCUUCAUAGACGCACACGCACACUCACGGGCAGGCACCCCCAUGGUGGCUUCCACCGUCUCACCUUCAGACGCGUAGGUCCUGCUUCCCGGCUCGAGGCUGACUCUGCGAGGACACGGUGACAUGAGAGGCCCACCACAGACCCAGCUCCUGGCCUGCGCCCUCCUCUGCAUCCUCUGCAAGGUGUGUGCCCAGCUAUGCCCGACACCGUGUGCCUGCCCCUGGCCACAGUCCCGAUGCCCGCUGGGAGCACCUCUGGUGCUGGAUGGUUGUGGCUGCUGCUGGGUCUGUGCACGGCGGCUGGGAGAGCCCUGCGACCACCUCCACGUCUGCGACCCCAGCCAGGGCCUGGUCUGCCAGCUCAGAGCUGGCCCUGGUGGCCGGAGGGCCGUGUGCCUUUUGGGUGAGGACGACGGAGGCUGCGAGGUGAACGGCCGCCGGUACCGCGACGGGGAGAGCUUCCAGCCGCACUGCCGGGUCCGCUGCCGCUGCGAGGACGGCGGCCUCACCUGCCUGCCCCUGUGCAGCGAGGACGUCCGGCUGCCCAGCGCCGACUGCCCCUGGCCGCGCAGGGUGGAGCUGCCCGGCAAGUGCUGCCCCGAGUGGGUGUGCGACCAGGGUGCGGAGCUGGGGGCCCAAGGAGACCAGUUUGCUGGCCUCGUUGCUCCCCUGCCCCCUGGUGUUUCCUGCCCACAGUGGAGCACAGCCUGGGGUCCCUGCUCGACCACCUGCGGGCUGGGCAUGGCCACCCGGGUGUCCAACCAGAACCACCUCUGCCGACUGGAGACCCAGCACCGCCUGUGCCUGCCCAGGCCCUGCCCACCUGCCAGGGGUCGAAGUCCAUGGAACGGUGCCUUCUAGAGCCAGCUGGGAAGGGAGACAUGGUGCCCACUUCCCUAGCAGGUGGCCCUGUGUCCCGAGAUGACACAGAUGGCCACUGCCCAUGCUUGGCUGCAAGCAGCAGUCCAACUUGGGUCCACCAUCCACAGCCAGGAGGGUAAGAACAUGUAAAAGCUGCCUGGUCCUGCUGGACCCUGUGCUACAGUAGGGUGCAUGACCAGGCCCCUUCUUCUAACUCAGACCCUGGGAGAUUGGCCAAGGCUUCCAAGUGCUCCUGACUCAUUCCUGGCCUGUGCACAGCCUCAUCAAUCACACAGUGAGCUUUCUCUCCAGCUUCUCUGGGCAGGAGAUGGGAUGACCAUUCCUUGAAUAAUUAGGCUGCAGCAGGUGCAGUGCUGGGCGAGACUGGCCAUUUGGCUGGAGUGCGGUGAAGAGGGGCCAUGUGGCUAUUCUGAGUCUUCUUUUCCUUUCCUGGAGUUCUGUAAACUCAAUACAAGGCUAUGUGUAAACCUGUGGGUGGGCUUGUGCUUUCCAAGAAUGCCCUUCCCUCCAGAGAGAAUUGAGUGGCUGAAUUCUCUAUGACCAUCACGAGGUGACAUCACAUUGUCCUGAAAAAAGUCAGAAAAAUAAAUGAAAGCUCCUUUGUAUUUGCAAGAACAAAUUUUUGUGAGCACCCAUGAUGAGCACUUUACCUGGGCCAGUGUGCCUCAGCACGGAGAAAAGCAAGGAGAAGGAAGGAUCCCUCCUGGGGACUGGGGACAGCCUGGAAUAAACCAAGCCAGGUGUGAGA